AUGAGACCCGACAUCGGCGUAGGCGUAUUCGUCUUCAACUCAAAGGGCCAAUUCGUCGUUGGCGUGCGAAAGGGCAGCCAUGGCGCAGGAACCCUGGCGCUCCCCGGGGGACAUCUCGAAUUCGGCGAGACAUUUGACGCAUGCGCGGAGAGAGAAGUCCUGGAAGAAACGGGUCUGAAUGUUCGCGAUUUGCGGUUUUUGACGGCUACGAAUAGUGUCAUGAAGGAUGUGGGGAAGCACUACGUGACUAUCUAUAUGGGGGGUGUUGUGGAUGAUGAUGAUGCGCGGCCGCAGCUCGUCGAGCCGGAGAAAUGCGAGGGAUGGCGUUGGGCGACGUGGGAGGAUAUCAAGAACCAAAGUCAGGCAGACAGUGGGCCACGACUGUUCCUGCCGUUGUUGGAGCUGUUGCGGCGUAGAUCAUCGUUUGAUCCGAAGGAGCAGUUUGAUAAAGCCUGA